AUGGGUAUCACUGAGAAGAAAGAAGCUAUGGUGAAACAUUCAUGGGAGGUGCUGAAGCAAAACAUUCCUGAGCUGAGUCUUCGUUUCUUCACCUUGAUCUUAGAGAUUGCUCUGGCGGCAAGGAACAUGUUCUCAUUCUUGAAAGACACACCUCACAACAAUCCCAAGCUCACGGCACAUGCACUUAAGGUCUUCAAGAUG